AGGAAGUAAAAUAUUCCAACUUUUCUAACCUGAAAAUCACUUGGGAAUUCUAAAAUAGCUGAACAAAUUGGCAUAGAAAAAUACUGAUGGAAAAAUCAACCGUAUCACUAGAAUCGAAAUCACGUGAUACAGAUUCAGUUUCUUCGGAUUUGAAUUAUGCGGAUGAAGAGGACGACCCGUUCAUAAAUAGUUUAUGGGGAAUUCAUAAAACUUUAGAUGCACUCAGGGGAAACAUGCACAAACGCGUCGUAGAUACAGAGACUAUAGGUGAUGAGAUAUCAGAUGUUGAAGAUACAGUUUUACCACCCACCUACAUAGUUCUGCAAAUCAACCCAGACAUACCAAAAACCACGUUAACCUGGAUUAUUGAUAAAAUAAAGGGGAAAAAGCGAGAUGGAGGAGGAGAAUUGAUUGUCAUGAAACAGUCAUGCAAUCCGGAGGAUGGUUUGAUCCUACACUUAUCAGCUUCGAAAAUCAAAUUACUCGAAGCUGCCGAGGAAAUGGAACUAAUGAAACAGGAUCGAAACGGGCACAUAAGAGAAUUCACAGUAGCUUCUUUAGAAGACUUUCUGCCGGAAGAUAAGCAUGUUGAUGAUUUGUUCACAACAGCUGACAAGCAAACUAUCAUCAGGUAUGAGUUGGAGAACAUUAGGGCCUUGGCCGAAGAUGACCACAUACCGGGAUAUCCUACCUAUUCUCUCUAUGUGGGACAAUCGAUAUUCCAGGUGUGCCAAAAAUGGAAUAUUGUUCGGAAAAGCUAUCCUCUACACGAUGAGGAAACGCUGAAAAAACUCGGGAAGAAGUGGUACAUGACUGUGUUUUCGAAACAACCGUUCG